UCUUAUUUUCUUUGUACAUAGGUAGAUUUACCUGUAAACUAUGUUACUACUGUGUCUAGCUGUCAGUUCUUAUAACAGCUAGUAGUAAGCUACAUCUAUAUAAUGUUAUACUGUGUCAUCAACUGUUUGUUGUAAACAUGUCCAGCAUGUGGAUAUGCAUACAAUAUCUACAUAAUGUUAUACAGUUAUCCGUGGCUAAAUAUUCUGUUACACUUCAUAGUUGCUUUUAACAUGGGAAUGGGAUCUAGUUCCAGUAUUAUUGAGUGGAAGACAAUAAUUGCUUAUUUCAUAAGGAAACUGUUGCUAGAAAAAAUUGGAAUUUCCUUUUCAAUAUGAAAAGUAUUUAUUUGAGUUACACAAGGGCUCCCUGCUUUGAGUUGGAAUGGCAGAAGUAAUGUUUAGCGUAUCCUUUUUUCUACUUCUAGUUUUCUUUUUCUACCUAAGUUGUAUCUUUUCUUCUCAAUUUACGUGGUUAACACUUCCUUGGUACUCUUGAUAAUUUUUGUUUUGUUUUAUAGAUUGUAUUUCGUAAAUGAUCAUACAGGGUCCUUCUUUUUUAUCUGUUUAUUUACAUGUUUGCAAUCUUAUUAAUUUUCUCUCUUUUUUUAAGAUUUACUUAUAUUUGUAUUCUCACUUUUGAGAAGUGUCUUUUAUCUUCACCUUUGUAUUUAUCUUAAUGAAAUAAUUCUUUUACCAUUAUGGAUUGCAUUGGUAUAACUUUUGAUGACUUCUGUACCACACACGUGAAGUAUUUAGGCAUAUUGAUAUGCAAACGGGCUGAGUAUUUUUCAUGAUAUGAACUGAAAUUUAAUUCCCCCCUUUUUGUUCUAUUUUUUUAUGUCAUUGAAGAACAUAUCAGGGAGUUUAUGUUUUCGUGGUCAAAGAAUAUUUUUACACAAUGCAAGUGGCUGGUUUGGCAGUGUUCCUUUAGAAGCAUCAGGAGACUUUGGCAUUCAUCCUGAAGAAGGAGAGUUUCAUCUUAUGUGUCAGGUUCCUGGUGUUGAAGUGAAUGCUUUGAUGAGAACCUUUAAGAUGAAACCUCUUCUCUUCCCGCUGGCAGGAUCUGUAACUGCUCUAUUUAACUGUCAAGGCCCACUGGAUACACCUGUAUUUGUUGGCACUGGAAUGGUUUCAAGGACGUUCUCUUAUUUACAAACUGAUACUACUGCAUCUGUAGCAUCUGAAGCACUUGCUACAAGUAAGGAAGCUGGAGCGCUGGCAGCAUUUGAUCGUGUACCAUUUUCAUAUGUAUCUGCUAAUUUCACUUUCAACACCGAUAACUGUGUUGCUGAUUUAUAUGGAAUUAGGGCAUGCCUUGUAGAUGGUGGUGAAAUUCGAGGGGCUGGGAAUGCAUGGAUUUGCCCAGAGGGUGAGGAGGAUGAGACAGCGAUAGACGUCAAUUUUUCUGGAAGUUUGGCCUUUGAUAACAUCGUGCUCCGUUAUAUACCAAGUUAUUAUCAUCAGAUGCCACUUAAAUUAGGAGUGUUAAAUGGUGAAACAAAACUUUCAGGAUCCCUUUUACGACCAAGGUUUGAUAUAAAGUGGACUGCACCUACAGCUGAAGGGUCUUUCAGUGAUGCUCGAGGAGACAUCAUAAUCUCACAUGAUUUUAUUACUGUGAAUUCUGCUUCAGCUGCAUUUGAUCUGUAUACUCGAGUUCAAACAUCUUAUCCUGAUGAUUUUCAUCAUAAAAAAGAGUUCAAUAUUCCAAGAGCCAUCCCAUUUACAAUUGAUGGAGUUGAGUUGGAUUUACGUAUGCGUGGGUUUGAAUUCUUCAGCUUGGUUUCUGCAUACACUAUGGAUUCCCCAAGGCCUUUGCAUUUGAAAGUGGCUGGAAGAAUAAAGUUUCAGGGAAAGGUUUUAAAACCAAUUGGCAAUAUUACAGAACAAAAUCUUGAGAUGACAAGGCAGAAUGUACAAAUGUUAGAUAAAGGAAUUGUAGAUAGUCUUGUUGGCGAGGUUUCAAUCUCUGGUCUCAAACUGAAUCAACUUAUGCUUGCCCCUCAGUUGUCUGGGUUGUUGAGAGUUUCUCCCAAGUGUAUUAAGGUGAUGCAUAAAAUUCUCUCUUACAAAAAUGGUUUUAAUUGUGAGCUAUUGUGGAUUUAUUGAAGUUUAUUCUCACUG